AUGAGCGUCGCCACGCAGGGCGGGGGCGGUGAAGACGAUAGCGUGGUCCUGCAGCAGCUGUGCAGCCUCGGGAGCGUUCUCGCGGGAGGGAAGUGUGACGGUGGGGGGGGACGUGGGGCCGGGGGCGGUAGCAGUGGCUCCGCGGAUGGCGGGGGCAACAGCAAAUCGAGGCGGGGGGGGUGUGCCACAGGGUCGGUCGACGGCGGCAGUAGUAGCCUGCUGACGCGCUGGUUGCAGCCAACAACCGCGGGGGCAGCUUGUUCGAGCAAGGCUGCGGCGAGAGAGGGAAGCGUCGGUUCCUCUGGGAGCGGUAGUGCCGGUUCGGGCCGAAGAAGUGGCGGUGGCGGCUGCGGCGGGAGAAACGUCGGCGAUUGGGCGAAGAAGGCGCUUCUUCGAAAGAAAUUCGCCGACGCGGAGCGAGGGCGCAGGCUAAGACUUCGGCUAGAAGAAGAGGCAGGCGCUACUGCAACGUCUCUCGCCGGAGGCUGCUUGGAGUCCUGCGUUACGAGGCCGCCGGCAGCGGCGGCGGCGGAGCAGGCGGCGAUGGAAGCCGUGGCCGCAUCUUCCGCGUCCGGAUCGAGCGUCACCGGGAGUCUCUCCCCGCCACCAGCAGCAGUAGCAGCUCCUGCGGCCCCGGCGGUCUCCUCCGAAGAAAUUAACGGUAACCCCUUAGCGGCGCAGCAUCGCCGCUCCCCAGAGGCAACGGUAACCGUGGCCUCUGUGGCGGUACCCUCGGCCGUAGACUCUGCCGGCGCCGUGAGUGGGCCGGGCGCGGCAAGCCGGGACGACGGUGGCGCUGUUUCCGGUGUCGGUGUUGGUAGCAGCACGGUCGUGAUCGAGGUAGACGAGUACGGCGACGACUUCGAUUUCCUUACGGACGCCGACCUGCAGGCCCUGGAGGACCAAGCCGCGAAGACGUCUUCGGCCGUGGCCUCAAGCCAGCUAUCCGCCGCCGCCGUCGCCGCAUCUCAGCAAACCCAGACUCAGAAAGACGUUGGUGAUCAUCACCGGGGCAAUAGUGGUAGCGCUGAUGACCGACAGACUCCCCCGCCGGGCUCUGCUAAUCGGAUCACCGGCUUAUCAGGGUCACAGGCAGGAAGAAACGGCUUCAUCUCCUCCGACCGCAGUGCUAACAGCGGCGGCUCGGGCGUGGCAUGUCGCGGUGGUGGGUCAGGCAGGGAAGGAUCGAGGGCCAAGCCGCAGCAGCAGCAAGUCGCAGGGUCGAAGCGAGCGUUCAACGGGUCCGCCGGCCGGCCCCCGCUCUCGGCAAUCGGUCCCAACCCCAAGCGCGGCGGCGAGCAUCGACAGCAGCAGCAGCUGCAGCAGCAGCGGCAGCAGCGGCAGCAGAGCAGCAGGGGGAACCCCACCCCAGGACGGGGAGAGGGAGCGACCGACAACGCCUCCUUCCGGAUCCCGCCGUUCGGGAGAAAUUCCGGCGGCGGCGGCGGCGGGGGGGAGGCGGGGGGCGUGGUUGCGGCGGGAUCCGCUCAGCGUGCCCCCCCUCACGGCUCCUCCUCCUCCUCCAACUCCUCUGAGCUCUUCACAACCUACGGCAGCAUGGAAGACUUCACGAAGUCGAUGAAGAACGAUCGGGGCCCCCAAGCAGACCGCGGGGUCCCCGAUAAGGGACAGGGGCGUCUAACCGAGUGGGCGCAACAGCAGCGGGUGAUGGCGGACGGGGCACUGGCAGGGAGUGAGGAAGCCGCUGUGAUUUCGAGCGAUCAUGAUCACCGUGGUUCUUCGUCUUUUGUUGCUCCGAGGGCGGGCUCUCCUAGUCCUCGGCGGCGGUGGCGGCCCGCCCUCGUCCAUCGCCGUUUCCUGGUCCUCGAGGUGACCUAUGUGUCUGCGAGGAACGGCCGCAGCUGCCGGGAGAAGGUGCUCAUGGCUCUCGAGCAGCAGGGCCCCCAAGAGGAUCCCGAUACCGCCCCAGCGGCGGCGGCGGCGGCGGCGGCGGCGGCUGGGGAGGCGGCGACGGUGAACCUCCCGGCGGAUGAUCAUGGGGAGGGCGCCGGGAUGGCUCAGCAGAGGAAGAUCACCCUGCUCGGGGACUGGUACGACUGCGAGGUGGAGCCCGGCGACCGCGUGCACGUUCUUUUCCCGAUGCCGGCGGCCGCGGCGGCAGCAGCGGCGGCGGGAGAGGGCUUGGGCAUGGAAGAGGAGGCAACGCGGGACGUAGUCGUGGACAACGCUUCCGGGAGGCUCGUGGUCGUCCACCCGGACAUCCUGGUGUCCCCCACCAAGGUCGCCGAGACGGUCGCGUGCGCCCGGAAGGCCGUCCUGCAGUCGCGGCUAGCCUCCGACGCCAGCAAGAGCAAGGCUGCCGUCAUGGGCAACCUCAAGCACGAGCUCUUCGAGACGUCCCUCCUUGCCGCGGCGGCGGCAGCGGUGGCGCCGGGGUGGCAGGGGCAAGGGGGGGGCGGAGGGCGGCGGGGCGGCGGCGGCGGGGCGCCACCGCUGCUGACGCCCCAGUACAUGGCGGAGCUGGUGGACCGUAUCGUGGUGUCGCAGCUGGAGGCCCUGUACGGGGCGGGCUUCGACGAGGACGCUGCGCGCGGCGAGCUGCUGAGCGUGAGCGGGUCGAUCCUGGAUUGGCACCGGUCGUUCCUCGUACGGAACGACGGCGGCGGCGGCGGCGGCGGCGGCGGCGGCGGCAGUAGCGGGCUUCGACGCUUCGCUCAUAGCGGCCGCGGUGGGGGCGGUCGUAGCCCCGGCAGCGACCGCAGCAACGCCUCCGCGGCCGGCGGGAAGAGCGGUGGAAUGGCGAGUCUUACGUCGGACGGCGCCAUGGCGGCGACCGUAGCUGUUUAUCGCGUGCUUGCCACCGAAGACGACGUGUGGAGUCCGGUCCUGGGGCUUAAGGGUAUCAUGGACGCCACGGUGGAGGCUGUCGUUGAGCCCCUAGUGGGUAGGGGUGGGGGCGGGGGGGCUCCGCUGUUGGUGAUGCCCGUGGAGGUGAAGACUGGGAAGCGAAUAGGGGAGGCCAACAGCAGCCAUCGUGCCCAGGUGAUGCUGUACACGCUGCUCCUCCGCAUGAGGUAUGGGCAGGACGCCUCCACCAGGGGUCUCCUGGUUUACACCGCCGCCGACGGUCUGCACACGGAGCUCGUAUCGCCCGCGGCGGCCGAAAUCCGAGCCCUUAUCCUCGCCCGCAACCGCCUGGCCACGGGCAUGGCGGAGAUCGGGCGCGUCGGCCUGGUAGGGGGAGACGCGGAUGGGGGCGGCGGCGGAGGAGGGGGGGCGACCCUGCCCCCCGUGAUACGGAGGCCGAGGGAGUGCGGGAUGUGCUUCCAGAACUCGGAGUGUAUGUUGUACCACCGUGCGGCGGAAGGGGGCGAUGCGGAUAGCAGUGGGCUCGAGCCGGGGGUGUUCGACAGCAAGGUGUGUUGUGUGGUCGCGUACCCUCUCUUUGCCGAGGUGAGGCGGACGAUGUGGCAGGAGAGCGGCCCCGAGCGAGAAUCCCGCACCCAGAAGUGCAUGUCCGGCCUGGUGUGGCUGGGAGAGCGGGAACGGGACGAAGGCUUCGGGUUCGAGGCGGCGGGAGAGGCGGCGGCGGUGACAGCGGCUGCCGUCGGAGGCGCGUCCAACACCGGCAGCAAGCGCUUCACGCACGUCUUUUCAAGAGAAUGGGCGGUACCGGAGGGGAUCGCCGCUGCCGCUGGCGGACGCGUUAGCGGCUGCGGCGGACAAGUCCCCGGUGGGGGUAUUGGGAUGAGCGCCGCUGCUGCGGCGGGGAUGGAGGCGGCUGUGGCGGCAGCAGCGACCGCUGCGCCGCCGGGGGAGGACAACGGCGACGGCAACAGCGGCACCCCCGCCGCCUGCGUCGAGCGGCCCCGGUGGGCGAAGCCCUUGAAGGACCUGUCGCUGUCGGUGGGAGACAUGGUGUGCGUGAGCGCGCAGGGUCAGGGUAGGCGUCGGGGGGCGCGGCGGGGGGUGGGGGGGCUUGACCACGUCCGCCUGUUGACCGGGAACAUCGCGGCCGUCUCCGAGGACCGCGUUGAGGUGCUGUCUGACCGCAGGCUACGGGUGCCCCGCAGGGGCGGGAAGCGCGGCGGUAGCGGCGCGGAGGCAGGGGAGGCCCUCGACAUCGAGGACCUGUUGGGCGGGGAGGAGGAGCGGGUGUUGUUUCGGAUCGACAAGGACGAGUGGGCAGCCGGCAUCAACAUGAUGCGGUCCAACCUUGUAAAGCUCAUGGCUGGCCCUUCCCCUGAGAGCGAGGCGGCCGGCGACGUCAAGAACGGCGGCGACAACGCCGGCGACGAGAAGAGGAGGAGGCUCAUCGUCGACCUCGAGCCCCCUAGGUUCGGCCGCUUCACAGGACUGUUGGACGUGCCCGGGACGCUGUUGGGGUGGGCGGGUGGCUGCUACGGUGGUGGUAACGCGGAAAGCAACAGCAGCAGCAACAAGAGCAAUGGUGGCAGCAACAACGACAACAGCAGGAACAGGAGCAGGAGCAGCAACAACAGCAACAGCAACAGCAGCAGCAGCGACCAACAGCGAGCGUCAUCGUCGUCCACAGGGGAGCUGGAGGCGAUGUUUCGGACGGCGCUCAACGAGGACCAGCGGGAUGCCGUGCGAAAGCUGGUCACCGCUAAGGAUUACGCUCUGCUGCUGGGGAUGCCCGGCACCGGGAAAACCUGGACAAUCGCCUUCGCGGUACGGGUCCUCCUCGCCCGAGGCGCCUCGGUCCUCAUCACCUCCUACACCCACUCCGCCGUGGACAACUUGUUGCUGAAGCUGAUCGAGGAGGGGGUCCCGUGUCUGCGCGUGGGCAAGCCCUCCUCCGUGCACGCGGGGGUCCGGCCUCACUGCGUGAACUACGACGGAUCGGCGGAGACCACGGCGGCGUACUCGGAGCUCGUGGCUUCCGCACGGGUCGUCGGCUGCACGUGCCUAGGCGUGAAGCACCCGCUCUUCUCCCACCGGCGCUUCGACUACUGCGUGGUUGACGAGGCCGGCCAAAUCUCGCAGCCGGUCGUGCUCGCCCCUCUGCGCUGCGCCGAGGUCUUCGUGCUGGUAGGGGAUCACUAUCAGCUUCCCCCCCUGGUCACCAGCUCGGAAGCGCUCGAGGCCGGCAUGUCGGAGAGCCUAUUCCGCCGCCUGUGCGAAGCGCACCCGGCGUCCCUCCAGCGGCUCUCCUACCAGUACCGCAUGAACGGCGACGUCAUGGCCCUCUGCAACGACCUCACCUACUCGGGGAGGCUCCGCUGCGGCAACGCUACGGUGGGGCCCCAGCGGCUGGUACUGCCUAACCCCGACGCGAUCCCGCCGCCGCGGAGUCCCUCCUCGCUCCCGCCGCAACUGCUGGCUCCAGCGCCUGUUCCACCGUCGACUGGUGCUGUUGUUGGUGGGGGUGGUGCUAGCGGUGGCCGUACCGCAGGGGGUGCAGUGGGUGGUAGCGCUGCUUACCCCGCCGCCGCCGCCGCCGCCGCCACCGCCGGCGUGCGGCGGAACCACCACCCCGCCCGCCGCGCCUGGCAAGGCAAGACACCCCCCCCCUCACCCGGCGGCGGCGGCGGCGGCGGCGGCGGCGGCGGUGGCGGCGGCGGACGCACGAGGUCUUCCGCCGAUGCCGGGCUGACGCCGUGGUUGUCGGAGGUUUUACACCCGGACAGGCGUGUCGCCUUCCUAGACACCGACGCCAUCUCUCCAGACGAUGGGGAGGCGGUUGAAGCAGGGCACGGAGCGGGGGACGGUGGCUGGGGGGGCGGGGCUGGGAGGCCGCCGUUUGCGGGUUUGGAGGUCCGGUCCGUGGCGGAGGCCGGGGAGCAGCUGGGACGGGGGACGCUGGUCAACGCCGUCGAGUGUGAUGUGGUGCGGCUGCUGGCGUGGGGGCUGGAUGUUGCGGGGUUUGACCUCGGAGGGGUUGGGGUGAUUUCCCCUUACCGGUCGCAGGUUCAGCUGCUGCGGGCGGAGCUGAAACCGUCGUUCCCUGCUCUCGAGGUCAACACCAUCGACAAGUACCAAGGAAGAGACAAGAAGGUGAUCGUGGUAUCCUUCGUGCGGUCCAACGCCGAAGGCACCGUUGGCCACCUCCUCCGAGACUGGCGGCGGCUGAACGUGGCCCUCUCCAGAGCCAAGCACAAACUCCUUCUCGUGGGAUCCCUCCGCACCCUCUCCAGCUGCGCGGUGCUGAAUUCCCUCGCCGGCAUUCUCCGGGACAGGGGAUGGGUGUAUUCUCUCCCUUCGGGGGCACACAGGAUGUAUCCCCGGGCCGCGGAGACCCAGGAGGGUGUCGGUGGUACGGGCCCGGUUCCCGGCGGGACUGUCAGUAUGGUCCACGGAGGAGGAACGGGCGGGACUGUCGGCACGGUUCGCGUAGCGGGCGGGACUGUCAGGACGGUCCGAGAAGGAGAGACGUCGACGCCGUGGGAGGGGCGAGGUAGAAGUGCCGCUACCGGCGCUGGGAGCACUAGCGACGGUGGCAACAGUAGUGGUAGUCGUGGCGGCGGGGGGCUCCGUGAGGAUGAAAAUUCGAGAAGUGGACUAGGAGCAGCAGGCGUGCAGUCGCGGGGUAGGGUGCCUGCAGCUGGGGGAGAUGGGCGAGGCGGCGGCCGAGGGGCGCGGCAACGAUGUGCUGACUAGGUUGUUCUUGUUCUGGCAGCAUUUUUCCUCUGUGUUCGGUGCACGGAUGGUCCUGGUUCGACAUGUAGAUUGAACGAUAGGCGGUCGCUGUUCGUGUGAGUCUAAUUGUUGUUUAUUUACAUGCUUGUGUAAGAAACACCGCACAUUGAUCCCUGUCCCCAGGUCAAUUGUCGCGAUGGCUUCAUAGCAUGGUCUGACCUGGUCGCUUUACUGGUCCUCUCGACAAAUAGUGAUAUCGUCCCCCUAACUUAAACUGCUAAGUCUUCUUUGUCGUCGUCUGCGCGAGGGAGUUGUUCGAGCAGAGAAAGUGUGUACCUAUGACCCGGUGUUUUUUAACGGAAUAAGGCCGUGGGUGAUAAUGAUGCUUCCCGUUUUUUUUUUUGUAAAAGCCAUCGGCACCUCGCAAACGAACCACUUUUGUAUGCGCUGCAGUAAGCUGAAAGGCAAAGUGUUCUGGAUCGGUAUUGUUUAAUCCCUGUUCGGUUUGCC